AUGCCGCUCAUCGAGGUCAUCGCGAACGAUCGUCUAGGUCGCAAAGUGCGCGUCAAAUGCAGCCCGGAUGACACUGUAGGCGAUUUGAAGAAGCUCAUUGCCGCUCAAACCGGCACGGACCACACGAAGAUUCAGCUGAAGAAGUGGUACACGAUCUACAAGGACCAUAUAACUCUAGCGGACUACGAGAUCCAUGACGGCAUGAGCCUCGAGAUGUACUAG